GUUGCCAGUUUGCUUGAGACUCAGCCGGUGCGUGGUUCGUUCGGCGAUCUAUUGACGCUCGUAUGAAAGUAAGAACGUUUGGAAGCUUUUCUUUUCCUUUUACAUUUUCGGUUCGCGAAUCAGCUAUCGUUUAUCCGUGUCUUUUUCAUCUUAUCGUUACCGAAUACUGUUUUCUCUGUUUCUCUCGUUGUUUCUUCGAUAUUCGCAAUCGGCGCGAAUAACCAACAAUACUGUGGUUUCACGUAUAAGUUAUAAUCGCGUUAAAGAUUUUGAAGGCUUAAAAGAAACGCUAUCGUCGGUGAGAACAAGGUAAACAAGAGAAGGAGAUAGAAGAAGAGAAUGUGAGAGAGAUAGAGAACGAGAGUACGAGAGAAAAAGAGAAAGAAAGCUAAAGGUCCAUGUGUGUAAGUGACGUGUUUGCUCGCAUACGGGUGCAGUGGUCUUCUUGACAGUGUGGAAUCAACAAGUGUCGUAUACGGAUCGCCGUUGUCGCGCGUUGUGCGCGCGCGAUUCUAACCUCAUCGUCGAGAUCGGCUCGAAGUUCAGAUCGAUUCAUUUUGUCGUUAACAAUCGUUAUUGUUCCCCAGUGUUUGCGUCUAAAUUGUGCAAUCUGUGACAGCCCACUCAACGUGGCUACUGUAACCGAUGUGAUAUUCUGUGCUUUCCACCAACGUGCCCUUGGAUAUUGUUACGUCGCCGAUUUCGUGGUUGCGUCUCUGCAGAGUCUCAAGCAAGAUGGAAGUCGUUUACAUAGAUGAGCGGGAAGACGUACAAAAGAAAACGUUUGCGAAAUGGAUAAAUUCACAGUUGCUUAAGAAUAAUCACGAGCCGAUUUCUGAUUUAUUCGUUGACUUAAGAGAUGGCAAUCGAUUACUAUCCCUGUUGGAAGUCCUUACGUCGAAAGUCUACAAAAGAGAACGCGGUCGAAUGAGAGUUCAUCAUCUGAAUAACGUUAACAAAGCUUUGCAAAUUCUCGAGCAGAAUAACGUGAAACUCGUAAAUAUUAGCAGCAACGAUAUAGUUGACGGGAAUCCUAAGCUAACACUCGGAUUAGUAUGGAGUAUUAUUCUACACUGGCAGGUACAUUACCAUCUGAAGGAUUUAAUGACGGAAUUGCAACAAACAAAUCUGGAGAAAACUCUUUUGGCAUGGUGUCGUCAAAAUUCACAGAAUUACCCUGGAGUUGACAUUAAAAACUUCACGACAUCCUGGUCGGAUGGUCUGGCAUUUAAUGCGAUUCUUCAUAAAUGGAAACCACAUUUAUUCGAUUUCAAUAACAUAGCGCGUAAACAUCCGAAUGCCAGAUUAGAUCAUGCAUUUCGUAUUGCCCAAGAACAAUUAGAUAUCGAACGCUUAUUGGAUCCAGAAGAUGUGAAUACAUCGGUGCCGGAUAAAAAAUCAAUAAUGAUGUACGUUAUGUGUCUCUUCCAAUCAUUACCUCAUUCUGGAGACGAUAUAGGCGAGUUGGAUCUAUCAGUAGCGAGUGAUAGUAGCCCGGUUACGACACCAGGAGCGGAGAAUGUUUCUUUGCAGAAUACUUUAUCUUUCACAAACUUUGGAACGCCAACGUCGCGGCCGAUGAGUCUCGCAACGAACGUGUCUGUAGAACUUGGUGGUUAUCAAGUUGCUCUCGAGGAAGUUUUGACCUGGCUCUUGGAGGCGGAAGAUAAAUUAAAUCACGCUCCAGAACCUGGAUCUAGUUUAGAAGUAUUGAAGCAACAAUUUCACGAACACGAGACAUUUUUGGUAGAGUUGUCCGGACAUCAGGAUGGAGUCGGUGCUGUAUUGGAGGAAGGUGCGAGAUUAUUAGCAGAAGGCGGUUUACACAAGGACGAGGAGCACGAAGUUCGAGUUCAAAUGUCGUUAUUAAAUUCUCGAUGGGAAGGGCUUCGAAUGCGUGCGAUGGAAAGGCAAACUAAAAUUCACGAGGUUCUUAUGCAAAUGCAGCAAGGCCAGUUAGAUGCAUUGCGGCAGUGGUUAACGAGGACUGAAGAUAGGAUAUCGCUAAUGGCAACGAUCGAACUAAAUCAAUCCGCUUUGGAUGAUCAACUAAAACAGUUAAACGAGCUAGAACAAGAUAUCGCAGCGCAACAAGGAACCGUCGAUGGUAUGAGAAACAUGGUAGUUGUCGUGGAUGAAGAAAACUCCGAAGCAGUUUACGCGCAAAUGGAAGAUCAGUUAUCCGCUCUGGGAGAGCGAUGGACUCACAUUUGUCGAUGGAAAGAAGAAAGGAGGCAACGUUUGCAAGCUUUUUCUUCGCUUUGGCAAAAUGUUAAUGACGAUUACAAAAGAUUAGUAUCAUGGUUGAGCGAAACUGAGAUCACGUUGAAACAAAUGGAAGCAAAUCCAGCGUCCGAGAUUGGUGAAGUGUUGGAAAGAAUUAAGAAAUUACAAAUUUUGAAAAUGGAUAUGGAUGCGAAUCAAAGGAAGUUAACGUCUUUGCAAGAAUCCGUUCAAGAACUGGAGGGACAAAGUACUUCGCCAGAGUGUAUUAACAUAUUAGAAAAGAUCGAAAAUUUGCAAGAUCGCUGGGAAGGGGUGGGGCAGAUAAUGGAAGUACAGACGCAGAGGAUAACAAAUUCCGGAUUUGAGUUUGAUCUGAAGACUGAGAGGGAAACAACAAUGAUUACAGGUAACGAAUGGAUGUCUGAAACAGUAACAAGUAUCGCUUAUAAGGAAGAAAUUACUGCAGCUUCCACGCCUCACAGUGAUUCGAAGAAACGUCGUAUAGAUAGUACAACUAGGCACGAAUUUGAAUCUGCGUUACAUAAUCUGUAUAAAUGGCUCGAUUAUGUUGAUUUAGAAAUCGGACGAUCGGAGGGAGUAUUUGACGAAUUGAGCAUCGAAGAGAAGAAGGUCGUUUACAAUGAUACAAUAGCUGAUAUAGAGGCACAUAAAGAUGACUAUAACAGAGUUUUAGAACUAGGGAAACAGCUUCUCGAGGAACUAAGAGAUGCAAAUGAAUCGGUCGAAGCAGAGGAAACAAAAAUCAAAGACAUACAGAAUUGUUGGAUGGCAACUAACAAUCGGCUUGAAGAAAUAAAAACUCGUAUAGAAUAUUUAGAAGAAGUGAAAAAAUUCCGAACGGAAUUGGCUAGUUUAAAUUUAAUGUUAGAUAGCUAUUCUAAAUGGUUUGAUUCAAACAAAGGAAACAAUCAAAUAGAACCGUUCAGGGUAAAAUUGAAGUCGAUGAAAUCUCACGAGGAACGCAUUAAAAAAUUGUUAGAAAAAAUCAAAGAAUUGUCGGAAAAUCAAACUGGUAGUAAUGAAACUGUUAAUUUAAAUGCUGAUAUACAAACUUUUGUCCGUAAUUGGGACAAAUUGUACAAAAUAUUAUCUGAAAGGUUAACCGAAUUAAAUGAUGCUGUUGAUAAAACACCACCAAAGAAAUAUACGGAUGCAGUUGCUAAUCUUACUUCUUUCAUUAAUAAUGUGGAGAGUACAUUAUUGUCAGAGCAUAUAGUGAUGUCAGAUGAUAAGACAAUGGCGGAACAAUUACAAAAAUUCAAUGAUUUACAAAAUUCCCUGAAUAAGCAUCAAGAGAUUUUUAAUUAUGUAAAUAGUGUUGGACACGAGCUAAUAAUGAAAACCAGUGGAGAUUCUCAGGGACAAAGACUUAAAGAUGCAUUACAAGAUCUUAUCACCAAAUGGAGUGAUAUACCUAUAAUAUUAGAAGAACGGCAACAAAAUUUAUUGAGAGAUAUAGAGACUUUAAAGGUAUUUAACAACGAGCUCUUGGAUCUUCAAAGUUGGCUUGAAAAAUCAAAUCAGUACCUAGAAGAAUUAUCGAAAGAUAGUGUAUCAAAUAAUAUCGAAUGUAUGGAAUUUAAAUUGAAGCAAAUUCAAUCUUUUUGUGAGGAUAUAAAUCAAACAAAACCUCGAAUAGAGAAACUUCAAAUCUCUACAAACAGAUUACUUGAAAAUUCUGAACCAAAAUUUGCGAAUGUAUUAAACAAUAAGCUGGAAGUUGUAUCGCAUAAGUGGAAUGCUAUUGUUGACGGUGCUAAAAGUUUAAAUGAUAAAUAUGAGGAUACAUUGAAAAAGAAUGAUGAAAUAAUAAAUGGGAUAGAAGAUUUUACGAAGUGGUUGUCGACCUUAGAAAAAGAAAUACCAGUUGAAACUAAAAUAACAUCUUCGGUUGAACUGUUUCAAGUUCGUGGCCGAUAUCAGUCGUUAAAAGAAAAGAUAGAUAAACGAGUAGAAGAAUUUAGAAAUCUUAACGAAAUGGGUAAUGAUAAAUUGUUAAGUUCUGAAGGGUCUUCGGUACAAGAACUUGGUAGACGAUUUACGUUUUUAAAUGCUCGCUGGACAGAUGUUACAGAUCGUAUUUAUGAACGAUACAGACAUUUACAAAAUGCCAGCCACGAAUAUGGUGAAUUCCGUGCUUUAGUUGCGCAAGAAAGUGAUUGGUUGGAUAAAUUAGAUAAACGAUUGAAGAGAUCGACAGAAACUGCUGCAGAUGCUGAAGAAAUAUCAGAGGAACUUGAUGAUUUAGAGAAUUACAUACGAAAUCAUCCAGAAAUAAGGCUUGAAAAGAUACAAGAAAUUGGUAAACAGUUGAUCGAAAGUAAUAUCAUGACGCAGUCCAUUCAAGCAGAUGUAGAAAGCUUAACAAGUCGUUGGGAGAGUCUAAAUAAUCAGGCAGGGCAGCGAGCAAAGCUGCUGGAAGGAUCAGUGAAGCAAGCGCAACAAUCAGAAGGACGUAUUCUUGCCCUUCAGCACUCCCUAACGCAAAUAGAUUCUGUACUAACUGCACGUCUUGACUGCGACCUUACUGCUGAUGAUUUGCCUCAUGAUUAUCAGAAAUUAAUGGAAGAAAUGGAGCAUCAGCGUUCGACGCUUCAAGAAAUGGCAUUACAAAUCGAAUCAUACAAAGCUUCUGGAAAGCAAGAAGCUGCAUUUAGACUGCAAGAACAACUGACUCUUAUUGAGCAAAAAUUCUCAGAAGUUCAAAAGAAAUUCCAACGUUUCCGAUGUCCAACGAAUUUAGAACCGAGAUUAUCCAGAGCUCUGCGAGAACUCAGAGGAAUAGAAGAAGCAACUUGUUUAUUAGAAUUAUCAUCAGAAGAUCCAGAAGCUAUUGAAGGUCAACUUAAACAUUGUCUGCGCUUUUAUCAAACAUUAAGUGAAAUUAAAAGUGAGAUAGAAAAUAUUAUUCUAACUGGUAGAAAAUUAGUUGAAGAAAAAAGUGUCACUGAACCAGAAAAAUUUUCUCGGCGUAUUGAUAUGUUAAAGGAAUUGUAUAACAAGUUGGGUUUACAUAUAACUGAAUCGAAAGCGUGUUUAGAAACUGCUUUGGAUUUAUCACGUGAUAUGUAUAAAAAUAUGUCUUAUAUUAAUAUGUCCAUAGAUAGUAUUAACAAAGAAUUAGAUACACAAAAAAAUAUGCCUGAUCUUCCAGUUAAUGCAAUAUAUGUACGAGAAACUCUGACAGAAGUAAUACCACGAUUAAAUGUUGUGAAAGACAAGUUGCUAAAUUCCCAGGAAGAAUUUUCGAAACUUUGCGACCCAAUGUAUUUAGAGCAAUUUAAAGAAAAGUUAUCAGACGUUGUUACGAGAUUAGCAUAUACUGAAAAGAGAUUAAGACUAUGUAAUGCUUCAGAGGAAGAGCCUAAUGUUGAUGAAAUAACGGCUUGGCUGUUACAAGUAGAGGAAAAGCUAAAUAAAUUAGAUGGUGUUCCAGUUGAUCAGUUAACGGAAAAUCAUUUUGAACAAUGCAAAGCUGUACAAAGUGAAAUGAUUGAGGCAAAACCAAAAAUCAAUCAACUUCAACGUUAUACCUAUUAUCCGAAAGUUUCAGAUGUCUGCAAGAAGUGGGAGGAUAUAUCUAAUAGAAUACAGGAAUGGAUCCACAAAAUCACAGACAAUUUAUUAAUAAAAAGUAAGGUGGGAGAAACUAAGGGGAGAGACAAUCAUGGACGCACUAAAUUGUCUAAACAGUCGGAUCAAACUUCGGUGCAACUAACUAAAAAAGAAAAUAAAUUGAUAGAUGAAAAUGAGGAGGUAUAUGGUAUAGGAUAUCUUAAUCCUGCAUUUGAUGAAAGUCAAUGUAAUGUUAUACAUACACCUGAAAGUUCACCAGUUGAUAUCGUUCAUCGAAGUCGGAAAUCUUCCAUAAAAUCUGAGAAAGUAAAAGCUAAAAUCGUAGAUGUUAGUAGGACUGUUAGACGAAAAUUAGAUAUGAGUUCUGUACCCGAUGUUGUUCAAACUUCUCAGCCACAAGUCGUUCAUAUAGAUGACGAUCCACCUUCUUCAUCCCCUGAUACAGAUGUGUAUAUGACCGAUGAAGAAUUCUUUUUGUCGAAAAAUAGCACAUUGUUUUCCCAAGUUUCUUCUAACACACUGAUUACAACAGAUUCAAAACCGUUCGACUAUAACACACAGAUGAAUCCCUUCCGUAUCGUUGAAGUGAGAGAAAUGGAAAUAAUAAAAUCAGUUGCAUCUCCCGAAGAUCACGUAAUAUUACCAAGUGCGAAUGUCAGUGUAGGAUUAAUGCCACAAGUUGUUGAAAGAGUAGAGAUUAUCGAAGACACAGAAACAGAACCAGAGUCAGUAGAUACUGAUACAGAAGAUAAAGAAUCUAGGGUAAAAAUAUGUAGUGCAGUUAGUGCGGUUGGAAAUCAAACUGUUAAUAAGAAAAGAGAACUUAUUCCUAUCUUAAAAAAGAAAAGAACAGUAGACCCAUAUUCGGCAAAAAGUAUUAAAAAAUUAACUCUUAAAUUAGAUGUUGAGGAUGACGGAUCGGAUAAUCAAAUUUCGAAUCGCAAGUUAAUAAAAAGUCCGCAAUUUUCGUGUAAAGUAAAUAGAUUUGAAAAAAAUUCCAUGUGGAAAGAUACGGAUAGCAUAGCUGAAUAUCUUAUACUUGAAGAUAAUGAAAUGAACGCAAAGUUAAACUCAAAGUGUACCGCUGAUCUUUCUGUCACGUCAGAGAUCAGUCCUAGAAAAGGCAGGGAAGAGCACAUUAAUGGCAAAGAAUUGACAUCGAAAAAAGAUACAGAUUUUUCAAAAUCACGUAAUACUACCAAUCAUAAUGUUGAUGAAAAAAACACGAAAUUAUCGUUAUUCAGACGUACUAGAAGUAUCUCAAAAGACGAUACGUUAGAAGACUGUGAAAGCUUCUAUGGAAGCGAUAAAGAAACAGAUGAUGUUUUAAUUUUUUCCGAUGACACGGAAAUUGAUGUUGGAAGUUCCAGCUCAGAUGGAGAAGAUCUAAAUUUAGGAGAGCAUGUUGAGCACCUCUUGGGCAAGAUACAGGCUGAAAAAUUAUCACAGGAAAUACAACAGAAAGCAGAAGUAAAAUUUUCUAGUGAGAAGAGGUCUUUCAAAGUUUCAACUAGUUUAUCCAGAACCGGCUUGGAGAAAAGUAUUUUGGAAUUUGAGCAAGCUGCACAAAGGAUGUUACAUAGGAUGGAUGUCAUGUUGAUGAGCAUUGGUGGCAUUACUAAUGAAAAAGAUCCAACUAAGCGACUGGAGGUACUAAAAUCAGAAGUUAGUACUCUUGCACCAGAUGCAGCAGCGUUGAUUAGUAAAGGCGAUGGUCUAGUCAUGACAGUGCACAUAUCCGAUCCUGUUAGGGCUGAGAAGAUAAAAAACGAACAUCAAGAUAAAUUAAGAAGCAAAUGGCACCAAGUUAUGUCCGAAAUAGAAACAAGACGUACACAAGCGCAACGAGCAGAGGAACUAUUACGACAGUAUAAUAACAUAGUAGCAGAGUUUGAAGACUGGUUCCGUGAUGUGCCAUUGAAACUUGAACAAGUAAAUAAUUACGAGGGUCAGUUAGAAUCGUUUACUAUAGAAUUUGAUGCUAAACAAGAACAAAUUAAAAAAUUGAACGACUUGGCUGUUGAAUUGAAAAGAUUAAAUAUUGGAUAUUCUGAAACUAUACGAUAUAGUAUCAACAGUAGAUGGCAAGAAGUUAGUUCACAAUUCAAAAGAUUUAGUGGUAGCAAGGAUAAGGACAAGCAUGUGACAGACAAGAAAGUUGAAGUGGAUUUAGGAGGAGUUGAUAUGCAAGAAUUUACUGCAAGAGUCAAUAAGAUCAGAGAGGCUGUCGUAACUGUGACAAGAUCUCUAAAUUCUAUACCAUUGAAUGGUGAUGAUUACGAAAUGUUUUCGAGUCAAGAAGAUUGUUUGAAAAAAAUCAGUAAUGCAUUAAAUAUUUUAAAACCGAGUAUUGAAGAGAUCAACACUGUUUUCGAAAAUGUUGCUUCGCAAUUGAGAAGAGAACAAGCCGAACAAAUUAGACGUUUGAGUGAUAAAUUACGGGACGAAUGGAUAAAUGUCAACCAGAGUUACGUGGAAAGAUAUAAUCGUUGGAAUAAAUGUCACGAGAAGUGGAAAGAAAUUUGCAACACAUGUCGAACGUUUUCCGACUGGAUGGAUAAAACGGAAGAGUCAUUAAAAAAAUUAAAUUCUCUCGGUCAGAGUAAAAUAUCAAAAACGAAGAUAUUUGAAUUGGAACAAGAGAUCUCUAGAAUGCAACGAACCAUGAAUAAUAUUAAUGUUUCAAGUGCUAGUAUUUUAAGUCGUGCUAGAAUUGAAGAUAUAGUGGAACUAAGAGAAACGGUUGAAACGAUAAAGCGGCGUUGGCAAAAUAUUGUAACAGACAUAAAUACACGAAAAGAAAAGAGUUUUGCUAUGGAAAAGAAAGUAAACAAUGAAGGCAGAAUCUUAGAAAGUGCUCAUAACAUUUUAGAACAAAUCAAUUCUUUAUUGGUGUCAGCAGCAAAUCCUUCAGAUGAGACCUCUUUAUCAAUAAGAUUGUCAUUAAUUAAGGCUAGGCAAGAGGAACUUUUCUCCCGUAAGAGAGCAUUACAGAAUUUAAUAAAUCAAAAUGGUAUUCCUUCGGGAGAAGAUGAAUGUAAUAAAUUACUUGCAGAUAUGGAUAAGGCUAACACAAGUCUUUCCAGUCACCGUGAAUAUGUCGAAAAUAAACUUGCAUCUCUUAAAAAAUAUAUUUGUACCUUGGAUAAUGUCAUGACGUGGGUUAUGGAAACCCGAACGAGAAUAUGUAUAUCUCGAGAAUUAUCCCAACAGGAACGAGCCGAAAUUAUUAAUAACGUUAUGACUAAGGUCGAAGACCGAGAAAUGGAAGUAAAGGAUGUAUUAGAGAAUUAUACUAAUUUAGAAAAAGAAUGCGAGUCUGCGAAACAGCCUAUUUCUGUAGAAUUACAAGAGAAACUGAAAAAGCUAAGAGAAUAUUGGCAGUUUGUGAAAAACAAUGGAGAAUCAUCGAGUCACGAGGUCAAAACUACAGUGGCAGCUGGACCGGCGUCGCAAGGAAUCGAAGUGGAAAAAACUGCGGGAACUGCACCGGGGGCAUCGGGUGCAACUGCAGGGGGCCCUCGGGGGUUGACACCUUCCCCUGCCCCCUCGACACCCUCGACCCCCGUUACUGCCACUAGUCCUUCGGCCUAUACCACCUCACCCUCCUCUUCGCCUUCGCCUUCAUCCUCACCCUCCGCCCUUGUAGCGGGCUUUGACAAAUCGGUGUUGCAGAUACGCGACUGGUUGACGGUCGAAGAAGAGAUGCUGCGAAAACAAGCCGUGGUCGUCGGCGAUGUCGGCGAAAUUAUGGAGGCGCUUGAUAAACAAAUGGAUGUCCUACGAGAGUUGGGACAGAAAAAGCCACAGCUGGACGAGCUGGUGCACACCGCGGAAGCGCUGCGUGCGGACACCAAUAGACAGCAAGUGCACGGCAAAGUUACGAAGCUGAGGGAGCACUGGGACGAAAUGAACUCGAAAAUGAUGCAGAGGAAGACGGAGUUGGACGCGAUGCUCGGGGACAGUCAGCGAUACGAGGCCAAAAGGAACGAGGUGGAGGUCUGGUUGGCGCGAAUGGAAACUCGGCUGGAGAAAAUGCGGGCCGUCGGGCACACUGCCGAUGUUCUCGAGGCACAGCUCCGGGAACAAAAGUCGUUCCACGCGGAGCUCCACCAGUACAAGCAUCAGAUCGAACAGUUCAAUCAGCUGACGCAGAAGCUGAUAGCCGUUUAUCAGGAGGACGACACCACUCGCGUGAAAAAGAUGACGGAGACUAUCAAUCAGAGAUACAACAACCUCAACACCAGUAUCAUCAAUCGAGGAAAACUGCUUCAUUCCGCGAUGAACUCCCUCCACAACUUCGACCGGUCCCUGGACAAGUUCUUGGCUUGGUUGAGCGAAGCUGAGUCCUCGAUGGAGGGAUUGGAAGCGGAGGCCGAUCGACUUGGCGGACGACGAGACCAGGGUGCGCUCAGACGACCGCAACAUCAGCUUAAGGACCUGCAAUCGGAAAUCGAGACACACCGAGACGUGUACGCAUCCCUGAAUGGUACUGGCCGGAAGCUGUUGAGUUCUCUGGCCAGCCAGGAUGACGCGGUUAUGCUGCAACGACGCCUGGACGAGAUGAACCAGCGAUGGCAUCACUUGAAAGCGAAGAGUAUGGCGAUAAGAAAUCGAUUAGAAAGCAAUACGGAACACUGGAACGCUCUUCUAUUGUCUUUGCGUGAACUCAUCGAAUGGGUGAUCAGAAAAGACACCGAACUUACUGGUUUGGGACCUGUCUGUGGAGACGUGGCCGCUUUGCAGAAGCAAGAAGAUGAUCAUCGCGGCUUCAGGAGGCAGCUCGAAGACAAACGACCGAUUGUCGAGAACAACCUGCUGAGUGGCCGUCAGUACAUCGCCAACGAACCACCGCUGUCUGACACUUCGGAUUCUGAAGCCGGAAGAGAAUUGGAUGGUGAUUCGAGGGGCUACAGAAGCGCAGAAGAACAGGCACGCGAAUUGACGCGCAGUAUUCGCCGGGAAGUGAACAAACUUUCAGAGCAGUGGAACGCCCUAAUCGAACGUAGCGAUGCGUGGAAGCGGAAACUCGACGACACCGCUAACAAAAUAUGCGUGUUCCAAAAGACGCUGGAGGAUCUUUCGUCGCGGAUGGCCGGAGCCGAAGCGAUCCAGAGCGGCUGGCAGAAUCCGAACGACGCGAACGAGGCGACGGAAUUACUGAAGCAAUUGGAGAAAUUCGGCGAACGACUUUUGCCCAUCCAGAGGAGCAUCGAGUACGCGAACGAUCAAGCGAGCGUCUUCGCCUCGAGCAGCGUCAUCGUUUCUCAUGCUUUGCUGGCGAAACUCGAAGAUCUCAACACCAGGUGGAAGGUGCUGCAAGUGGCGGUUGACGAGCGUUACAAGUUGCUAAGCGGAUUUGGAAAGGAUGGCAGCACUCCGGGUAGCCAGGCUUUCCUCGCGAGCAGCGUGGAACCACCAUGGGAGAGAGCCCUCACACCCGCCAAAGUGCCUUACUAUAUCAACCAUCAGUCGGAGACCACCCAUUGGGAUCAUCCGAAAAUGAUAGAGCUGAUGUCCUCUCUGGCGGACCUGAACGAAGUACGAUUUUCAGCGUACAGGACCGCGAUGAAGCUGCGCACCGUGCAAAAACGAUUGUGCCUGGACAUGUUGAGCCUUUCCACCGCAUUAGAGCAGUUCGAUUCACACGGACUCCGAGCGCAAAACGACAAACUAAUCGACAUUCCCGACAUGGUGACAGUCUUGACGUCCCUGUACGAAGUGAUAACGGCGGAUAAUCCGACGCAAGUGUCCGUACCGUUAUGCAUCGAUUUAGCCAUCAACUGGCUCCUCAACGUGUACGAUAGCAAACUGUCGUUCCAUUUCAGUCAACGAACUGGCCAGAUUCGCGUGCUUUCCUUCAAAGUUGGUUUGGUCCUGUUGUGCAAAGGUCAUUUGGAAGAGAAAUAUCGAUAUCUAUUCCGGUUGAUCGCGGAUCCAAACAGACUGGUGGAUCAACGAAAGCUCGGUUUAUUGUUGCACGACUGCAUCCAAGUGCCAAGGCAGUUGGGAGAAGUGGCGGCAUUCGGUGGAUCGAAUAUCGAGCCGAGCGUUCGCAGCUGCUUCGAGAAGGCUGGAAAAGACAAAAAUGAAAUAGAAGCGGUGCACUUUUUGAGCUGGCUGCAACAAGAGCCUCAAAGUAUGGUCUGGUUGCCUGUGCUUCAUAGACUCUCCGCCGCGGAGAGUGCAAAGCAUCAAGCGAAAUGUAACAUAUGCAAGGAAUAUCCUAUCACUGGAUUCAGGUAUCGUUGCUUGAAAUGCUUCAAUUUCGACAUGUGUCAGAAUUGCUUCUUCUCAGGCCGGAAGGCGAAGAACCACAAGUUGACGCAUCCGAUGCAGGAAUAUUGCACUGCGACCACAUCUGGCGAGGACGUACGCGACUUUACGAGAGCGCUUCGAAACAAAUUCAAGUCGAAAAGAUACUUCAAGAAGCACCCGAGGGUCGGCUAUCUGCCAGUGCAGACAGUUUUGGAGGGAGAUGCUUUGGAAAGUCCGGCGCCGUCGCCGCAGCACAGUUCCCUUAGCCAGGACAUGCACUCCCGAUUGGAAAUGUACGCGUCCCGACUGGCGGAAGUCGAACUAUCGCGCACGAGAAGCAACUCGACGCCGGAUAGCGACGACGAACAUCAGUUGAUCGCUCACUAUUGCCAGAGCUUGAACGGCGGUGACAACGUGAACGUGCCCAGAAGCCCGGUGCAGGUGAUGGCUGCGAUCGAUGCCGAGCAAAGAGAGGAACUGGAAGCGAUGAUACGCGAAUUGGAGGAAGAGAAUGCAACCCUUCAAGCGGAAUACGAACGACUACGCUCCAAACAGACACCGGGCUCGACACCGGAAGACGGUCAUGGCAACCGACAGCCUGACUGCGACAUGAUCGCCGAGGCAAAAUUGUUGAGACAGCACAAGGGCAGAUUAGAGGCACGCAUGCAGAUACUCGAGGAUCAUAAUCGUCAGCUAGAGGCUCAGCUGCAGAGACUUAGACAGCUUUUGGACGAGCCAAACGCUUCCUCGCCAUCGAAGACGGGUACGUUGCAAACGCGAAGCGUAACAGCGUCUCAAUUGGCAACCGAUUCGCCUGCUAAAAUGAACGGCCACUAUCACGACUCUUCAGGUGGUGGAGGCUCGAACGAAGGAAGAGUGAGCAGUUUAGAGAGACCACCACCGCCACCGCAUUCUCACAGCGUUGCCCACAACGUGGGCAAUCUCUUGCAUAUGGCAGGAGACUUAGGGAAAGCAGUCGGUGAACUGGUGACGGUGAUGACCAGCGAGGACUCGUCGAAAACGAAUGGACAAAGAGCACCGCCGCCAGCUUUCAAAUAAUGGCUAUUAACGCGAUUCCGGUCGGGGAUAUUGUUUUACGUUUCAACGAUAUCGACGAACACGUCACGACGAAAAAAAAACGAAAUCGAUUUGAUCGAUCACGUACAUAUACAUAAUACACGUAUUCUUAAAUGUUUGAAAUCAAUGACCAAUAAGAAGCCUGGCUCUAAACGCAUAUCACGAGAAGAAGAAUAUCGCGUAAAAUGCAGGGUCAGGGCAGCCGCCAUAGUGGUUUUGGGUAUUUUAUAAGUUUUGAUAUACACCGUUGUAUAGCUAAAUUAUAUUGACUAUAAGAUGAUUAUGGUUUGGCUUUGGCGGCUCCCUGAGUGUAACUUUACUACAUAUUGACACGUCAUAUCAUUGAAAAAAAAAAAAGAAUAAUCGUAUCAGAGAAUAAAGAAGAAGAAACGAAGUUCAGUUGUUAUAUGCUUGCUAGUUAAAGAAAACAAAAUAAAAGAAACAAAACUAUACGGAAGAAAUGAAACGAAGAUGAAGAUGAAUUGUAAUGACUAUAAGAGAAUUACACGAAAGGAAAUAUCAUUAACAAUGCAUGCAAAAGCAAUGUAUCAAAUCACGUACUCUAUUCUAGAUCGUAGGCUAUAUUUACAUACCCAUUCUGUUCACUGCCACGGGCUCUUCCUCGACAUUAAAUAACAUACACGUUGUACAUGCUAUGCGGUUCUAGAUGACAUAUAAAGAAAGAAGAGAGAAACGCGAGGGAAAGGAAGAAAGAAAGAGAGAAAGAGAGACAUUGACGAGAAGAACAGAGGGUAUGAAAGGAAAAUUCGUAUACCUGGCAUCUUCCUGUAACUUCUAUAAAGAUUCGGAACUUCACAUCGACACACGAUGAUACACGUUCACACACGAACACACGUACAUGCAUAUCAUUAUAUACAUAUACAUAUAUAAAUAAAUAAAUAAAUAAAUAUAUAUAUAUACAAUACGUGGAUACAUGAAACAGAGACACGUUACAGACACGUACACGCUGAGGACUUUUUGUAAUCAAUAAUAAAAGCAAAGCAAUGUGCAUUAUGACUUUCAAAUUUAUUUUUUAUCCGGUUACGAUCGUUUUUUCAUAUUUUUUAAUGGAUUUUAGAUGGCAAUGUCUCUUAUUUAAGCCUGCCGGAUGUUACUUAUAUUUAAGAGUAUAUCGAUAAGCAUCUAAUUUACAAACUGUAGGCUGUAUUCUGAUAUGUAAUAAAGUUGUCUAGAAAAUAA